UCCGGCGGCGCGGGGCGGUGCCCGGCUGAGCGGGCUCCAUGGUGCCCAGCAAAUGCCGGCCCGGCCGGGGCAGCAGGGCCGGUGCCAGCCCCGUUAACAGUUGCGGGCUUCAGCUGGUUAUUCAGACCUCCUCAGUGGCAGAAAGAAACAAACCAUUUGAACUCAGAAUAAAUAAAGAGCAGUCGUCUUUCCACAGUAGGCUCUUGCAACAUGAUUUGGAAAAAAACUAUGCAGGAAGACAAGGAGAUGGAAGAAUUUUAAGUCCUUUGGUACGUAAUAAACAAGUAUAUGUAGCAGCCAAUCUUCCAGACCCUGUUGCUCUGGAAUUCAAAGAAAGUACAGGAGCACUUUCUGCAUUUGGAGAUUCUUCUGGUUACACAACUGCAAAAUCCAGACCCCGGCAGGAGGGCCAUACUCUUAGUUCUCAUAUUUCAGAUAAUACAAACUUUGGGAGUAAUUCAUCAAUAACAGCACUUCCCAUUUUGCAACGCACUGCUGAAGAAAAAAUACUGAACUCUGACAGACUAACCCUUGAAAGGCAAAAACUGACAGCUUGCCCAAUUAUUGAUGGAGAAGAGCAUCUUCGUCUUUUGAACUUCCAGCAUAAUUUUAUAACUCGCAUCCAGAAUAUUUCUAAUUUGCAGCAUCUUGUUUUCUUAGAUUUAUACGAUAAUCAGAUAGAGGAAAUAAGUGGACUUUCGACACUGAGAGCUCUACGUGUCCUCUUGUUGGGGAAAAACAGAAUAAAGAAAAUCUCAAAUUUGGAGAAUUUAAAGAACCUUGAUGUUUUGGAUCUUCACGGAAAUCAGGUUGCUAAAAUAGAAAAUAUCAGUCAUUUAGGUCAGCUCAGAGUGUUGAACCUUGCCAGAAACCUUUUAGCAUCUGUAGAAAACCUUAAUGGACUGCAUUCACUGACAGAACUUAACCUUCGUCAUAAUCAGAUUACAUCCAUAAAAGAUGUGGAUACUUUGCCCUGCCUCCAACGUCUGUUUCUCAGCUUCAACAACAUAUCUAGUUUUGACGAUAUUCUGUGCCUCGCUGAUUCUUCGUCUUUGUCAGAUAUCACCCUUGAUGGCAAUCCAAUAGCUCAGGAGUCAUGGUACAAACACACUGUUCUCCAUCAUAUGAUGCAGCUCCGACAGCUAGAUAUGAAGAGAAUCACGGAAGAAGAAAGGCGUGUGGCAUCUGUCGCAGCAAGAAAAGAGGAAGAGAAGAAGCGUGAAAGCCACAGACAGACCUUGCUAAAGGAAAAGAAACGAUUAACAAUUUGCAAUAUUGCUCGUCAGUGGGAGAGACAGCAAAAUCGAGUUGCCCUUUUGUCUGCUUCAGAACAAGAUAAAAAAGAUGAUGAAGCGUCUCAGAUCAGUGGUAGUACAGCCUAUGUUUUUCCUGAAGAAAGCAGGUCUCUCGAUUCAAUACUGAGCAAUGCUGUACAAGGCCUGUCUGUCCUAGAUUGUCACCUAGUUGAAGUGGAGGGCGACACUCUGUACUUGUAUGGUUCUGGAGCUCUGGACUGCCUAGAUCGAAAUUGGAGUGUUCAAACAGCUGGAGCUGUCACCACAAUCUCCUUUAUAUUUAUAGAAUUUGAUGAACUUGUUCAUGUGUUAACUAAAUUGAAGAUCAAAUUUCCUAAUUCUCUGCACCUGAAGUUUAAGGAGACCAAUCUUGUGACAUUGCAGCAAUUCAAUGCAUUAUCCCAGGUGCAUCGUAUUGAACAGCUGACAGUCGAUCAUCAAGGAAAUCCAAUUGUCAACUUCACUCUGUGGAAGUACUAUGUUCUGUUUAGACUCAACCAUUUUAAUCUGCAGAAGAUAAAUGGAACCAAGGUUACUCAGAAUGAUAUUGUAAUGGCUGAAAGACUCUUUGGCAUUCUGGCAUACGUAGCAUCUUCUGAGUUUCCACGUUAUCGCCUGCUUUUAUUGCUUGGAGAGUCUAAGAAGAAACAAUGGCGUUAUCUGCUAGAGGCAAAAGGAAAGAAACCUGGGACUAGCAGUGAAGAAAGUAGUGAUAACAGAAGAUUUGGCGGAGAAAAUACAAGCCGUGCUAUACUGAAUUAUACCACAAGGGACUUGCAUACAGAAAAGCUUGAGGAAAUCAAGGAGCGAGAGAAAUUUUGCCAGACAUACAUCCAGGACUUAGUGAAAGAAGCUGCUGACAUCAAUAUGAAAAAUGAGUCUUUACAGAAGCUAUGGCCUCAGAUGUUCAUCGAGCUUGUCAGGGAUGCGGUGAUAGAAAUACGCAAUAAAAAUUCCUACAUGAGACUCUGCUUACAGCGGAUCACUGAUCAAAAAUAGUAAAGUCAAGGUCUGAUGUUCUGCAAGGUUUUGGUUUCAGUAUUGUUUGUCGUGGUUCACAAAGAUAUAAAAUAAUAGAGUAGAAAAUUACCAUUACCAUAGGCCCUUUUUUAUGAAGGAUGCCUUUAAAUUUCAAUGAGCUGUUUUCACAGUUAAUGUUUCUCUAUCAUUUCCAAAACAAAAGUUUUCUUGUAUAAAACUAACAAUGCUUCCUAGGCUAAAGUGAUGAUAUAGAAAUAAGUUGACAGCUAUGCCAUGUUUUACUCAGCUUUUUGUUGUGGUUGCUGCUUCUCUAGUGUUAAAGCAUUGAUUUUAAGGAACAGUUUCACACUCUGCUUGCCUUAUGUUUUUUACUAAACACUUUUAAAUGGUUUCCUUUUUGACUAUUUGCUGCUGUGUUUAAAAAAAAAUUCACAGUCAAGAAUAUUUUUUUUAUGAGCAAAGUUAACAGAUUAUUCUGUUUAUACACCCUAAACCUGGUUAUUUAAGAAUUAUUUAAUAAAAUUGAAUACAAAAUG